GCCGAGUGCCAGUGUUUCACAUCAGCCAGGGAUCUUUCCAGCUCAACUUCUGCGUCUCGUGCACGUAAAUCAGGGCAGUGGACAACCAGCCACACAGGGUUCGGUGUCAUGAAAAUGUCUAUUUUGCCAUGUUAAUAACUCAACCAUUAACUGAGAAGGGAAGAGCCGGGUUGUGCUGGACAAUCACAGACUGAGAACCCUCAGAGUCCUGCUGUAACCUCCUGAGACAGACAUGGGGAAAGUAUACUACGUCAGUAAAAAUGUGGGCCUUGGGAUGCUUGUACUGGCAGUCAGCGCACUGGCUACGAUCAUAGCUCUGUCCAUCGCCUUUGACAAGGAAAAGGCCAAGAAUCGAGGUAAGCCUGCAGAUGCAGCAUCAGAGGGCACCAUCAUGACUACACCUUCCACCACCCCGUUAACCCCAAAGGAGCCCUGGGACCACUACAGACUUCCAAACUCCCUCAUCCCCAUCUCUUACAAUGUGACUCUGUGGCCCCGGCUGGAGCCCAACGCAGACGGCCUUUACAUCUUCACUGGACAGUCAGCAGUGGUCUUUAAGUGUGUGAAGGAAACAGACCUCAUUAUCAUCCAUGCCAGGAAGCUAAACUUCACUACCUUCCUUGGCCACCAUGCUAAACUGAGUGGCCUGGGUGAUGCCACUGUGCCCGCCAUACAAAAGACUUGGCUUGUGGUGAAGACGGAGUAUCUGGUUAUUCAGCUGAACAGCAGACUAGCUGUGGGAACAUCCUACGUACUUCACUCUGAAUUUAGUGGGGAACUGGCAGAUGACCUGGAAGGCUUCUACAGGAGUGAAUACACUGAGGAUGGUGUGAAGAAAGUUGUUGCUACCUCGCAGAUGCAAGCAACCUACGCCAGGAAAACCUUUCCUUGCUUUGACGAGCCGGCCAUGAAAGCUGUCUUUAAUGUCACCAUCAUUCACAAACCAGGCACUGUGGCUCUGUCCAACGGCAAGGAAAAUGACAUUUCAGACUCAGUUAUCGAUGGCGUGCCUGUCAAAGUCACAACAUUUGAGCCAACAGAGAGAAUGUCCACAUAUGUUUUGGCAUUUAUCGUCACUGACUUUGUUAACAUUCAGUCAAACCAAAACAAUCCGAUGAUCCGAAUCUGGGCUAAAAGGAAAUCCAUAGCUGACCGGCAGGGUGACUAUGCGCUCAAUGUUACAGGGCCGAUCCUCCAGUUCUAUGAGCAGUACUAUAACACAUCAUAUCCCCUCUCCAAGUCAGAUCAGAUAGCGCUGCCUGAUUUCAAUGCUGGAGCAAUGGAGAAUUGGGGUCUGGUCACAUACAGGGAAACAGCCCUGCUCUAUGACCCCAUGCUUUCCUCUACUGGAAACAAAGAGAGAGUCACAACCGUCAUCUCCCACGAACUCGCACACAUGUGGUUUGGAAACCUGGUGACUCUGCGAUGGUGGAAUGACUUGUGGUUGAACGAAGGUUUUGCUUCAUACGUAGAGUACCUCGGUGCUGACUACGCUGAGCCCACCUGGAACAUUAAAGACCACAUCAUUCUGUAUGACGUGCAGAAGGUGUUUGCUGUCGACGCCCUGGCCUCCUCUCACCCGCUGUCUCGCCAGGAGGAGGAGGUCAAUGACCCUGCUCAGAUCAGCGAGAUGUUCAACACCAUCUCCUACAGCAAGGGUGCGGCGGUGCUCAGGAUGCUGUCAGAGUUUCUCACUGAGCCAGUGUUUGCCCGAGGACUCAGUUCUUACCUGAACACAUUCGCCUUCGGCAACACGGUGUAUACAGACCUGUGGGACCAUCUCCAACAGGCAGUAGAAAACACACCAGGUAUACAUAUUCCACACUCUGUCCAUGACAUCAUGAACCGCUGGACUCUCCAGAUGGGCUUCCCAGUGGUCACUAUUGACACCCGGACAGGAAGUAUCAGCCAGAAACACUUCUUGUUGGAUCCAGACUCUGUAGUGGACAGGCCCUCUCAGUUCAAUUACACAUGGUUUAUCCCAAUUAAAUGGAUGAAGACGGGCGUUGAGCAGCAGCAAUACUGGCUCCUUCAAAAGACAGACACCCACAGUCCGAUAAGAGUGUCAGGAGAGGACUGGGUGCUGGCAAACACAAACGUAUCUGGAUACUUCAGGGUGAACUAUGAUCUCGGCAACUGGGAUCGUAUCCUAUCCCUGCUCAACACCGACCAUCAGGCUUUAUCAGUCAUCAACAGAGCACAGGUCAUAGAUGAUGCAUUCAACCUAGCAAGAGCUAAAAUAAUCAGUACAACGUUGGCUCUGAGAACAACCAAAUACCUGUCCAAAGAGAGAAACUAUAUCCCCUGGGAGUCAGCUCUGAGGAACCUUGACUACUACAUCUUAAUGUUUGACCGCACUGAGGUCUACGGAGCUUUACAGGCGUACCUCAAGAAGCAAAUACAACCACUUUUUGAACAUUUUAAGAUACUUACAGCAAACUGGACCAAAAUACCUGCAGGACACACUGACCAGUAUAAUGAGAUCAAUGCUAUUGGGAUAGCAUGCAGUGUGGGUGUGGAGGGCUGCAGGGAGGUGAUCAAAAGCUGGUACAGAGAGUGGAUGGAAAAUCCAGGUCAAAACCCGAUCCAUCCCAACUUAAAAAGCACAGCUUACUGCUAUGCUAUAGCCUUCGGUGGUGUGGAGGAGUGGAACUUUGCCUGGAGAAUGUUCAAAAACACCACUCUGGCAUCUGAAGCUUCCAGGCUCAGGUCGGCCAUGGCCUGCACCAAAGCACCUUGGCUUUUGAACAGGUAUCUGGAUUACACCCUAGACCCAACUAAGAUUCGUAAACAAGAUGCUACCUCUACCAUCCAGUACAUUGCCCGAAAUGUUGUGGGGAUGCCGCUGGCCUGGAACUUCGUCAGAGCAAGAUGGAGUUACAUCUUUGAUCAAUAUGGAAAAGGAUCGUUUUCCUUUGCGAAUCUCAUCAGUGGAAUCACAAAGAGAUUCUCUACGGAAUUUGAGUUGCAGGAGCUGAAGAAAUUUAAAGAGGACAACCUCCAUAUUGGUUUUGGCUCAGCCACCAUGGCUCUGGAGCAGGCCAUCGAGAAGACCACGGCCAACAUCAAAUGGGUGACAGAGAACAAAGCCGAAGUGCUGAAGUGGUUUACUGAGGAGUCCACAUGAGGACACACAAAGUCAAAGAGACACUGCUUGUUAUUUUGUACCAUCAGGGAUACGUAAUGAUGACAAUCACUAUAAUCAUCAGGAACAACAACAGCCCUUUCUGUUGACCACAGCGACGCAAACACUGUUCACGCAAUAACUCACUGGACAUCAGCUUCAGUCUAAAGGAAGAGUGCAAGACAGUUUACUUGUAUUUUCUUCGUACUUCACAUUAUAAGUUGUUGCUUAUUAGGACGUACGCCACAUAUUUCUACCUUAAUCUUGAGACACUGAUCCACUUGUAGAAAACAGCUUCAGAGGUCAACGGCAGUCAUUGUACAAGUGGCUGAAACCUGUGACUGUGAUUAGUAGUAAUCAUGAUGCGAUGUUGAUGACCUUUCACGCAAACUUUACACUGCAUUUUAAAUUGGCUCCUAUGAAUAAAGUUGAUGCGUGCUUGCUA